CAUCUAUCAUCUAAUAUGGUAGCUUUGCUGUGUUGUGGGUUCCUGCUGCUCCUUCUGUGUAACAUCGUAAGGAAAUGGGCUUGUCUCAGAUCCUUCAAACAUAGUUUUGGAAGAGCACAUAACCGUAGAAUGAUCUCUCUACGACUUAAAAAUAACUUUACUCAGGUAGGAAACCCCACAUUUACGCUAAAACUGAUUUUUGUGUUCGUUGUAUUUUUGAGCAAUACAAAACCUUCGUUCAAAAGUAGCUCACCCAACAACAACGAAAUGAGUCGACUUGAUAGGAGUUUCUUUUCUAUCUCUUCACUUGAUGCCUGCAAUAGAGUUUCUGAAAGCCAGCUCACUCUCCAAUUAAAAUUAAUGGCUUUAUCAAAACUUAAGCCAAGCAGGCACAAGUAUUUCUAUUUUUUAAUCCUCUUGUCAGGGGACAUCUGCCUCAACCCAGGUCCUGUUAAGUAUCCCUGUUCUUCAUGCUUAAAACCUGUGGCAAAAACACACAAAGCACUUUCUUGUGACAAGUGUGGAUUAUGGGCUCAUAAAAAAUGUGAGCGUAUUUCUGAUAAAAAAUAUCAACAAUUUAUGAAGACUCCUGAAGAUAAACUGUUUUUCGUUUGCAGUCCCUGUCUUUCUCGUAAUUUGCCCUUUGCUAAUGAGGAGUCAUUUGGUGACGAAAUUCCGGACAACAUCAAUAUUACUAUUGAUGAAAACUUUGAUUUUGAGGCAAUCAGAAAUGGGAAGGGCUUAAAAAUGGCCCAUCUCAACAUUAAUGGUCUGUCAUCCAAACUAGACUAUGUUAAACUUCUGCUACAUCAAACAAAACUUGAUGUAUUCUCCAUCUGUGAAACCAAAAUUGAUGACACCAUCACUGACAAUGACGUUAAAAUUGAUGGCUAUGUUUGUUAUAGGAAUGAUCGGAAUAGACGAGGUGGGGGUGUUCUAAUUUUUGUUAAUGAAAACUUGGAUAGCCACCUUUUGAAACACCUUUACUUCGAAAAUGUUGAAUCACUAUGGGUGAAAGUGUGCCUGAAAAAAACUAAACCUAUUUACGUGUGUGGGGUUUACAGGCCACCUGGAGGUAGUGAUUUGCAGAGUACCGAAAACCUGUGUACUCAUUUUAAACAGUGUUUUAACAAGUUCCCAAAAGAAAAAGAAGUUUUUAUCUUGGGAGAUUUUAACUGUAACAUGCUUUCAAAAUAUGCUCUUUCCUCCAAAAUAAAGGAAUUAUGCUCCACUCUUUUCCUAAAACAACAUAUUACGGAGCCAACUCGUGUUACUGAAAAUAGUAGCACUCUUAUAGACUUGAUACUUUCUAACAGUUCUUGUAUUUCUAAAACUGGUGUCAUGGAUUUAGGCAUCAGUGAUCACAAUUUAGUUUAUGUGAUCAGAAAAUUCAAAAGGCCAAAAUUUGAACCUAAAACAUGCAAGGUUCGUAGCUACAAGAACUUCAGUGAAGAGGCUUUUCUGAAGGACCUCAGGAAUUUAGACUGGUCAUAUUUUAAUAAUUAUGAUGACCUUGAUAAAGCAUGUGAGAAACUGAAUAAAAAUGUUAAAACAGUGGCUGACAAACAUGCCCCUUUCAAAACACAUAGAUUUUCUGGCCGUGUUGAGGCAUGGGUCACUGAUGAAUUAAUAAUAGCCAUCAAAGAAAGAGACUUCUUGAAACGGAAAGCAUCAAAAACAAAAUCCAUCAUAGACUGGGAAGCUUUCAAACAAAAAAGGAACCAGGUAAUAGGUCUCAAAAAUCGACUCAAAAACGAGUACUAUAAUGACGUUUUGCAGGACUUUCAAAAACGGCCAAAACAACUUUGGAAAACCAUAAAAAAACUGGUUCCUGAUAAGUCAGGCAAUACUACCUCGAUAAAACGAGUAGUCCAAAACGAUGGUACAGAAACUUCUCACCCAAAAGAAAUUUCCAACACAUUCAAUUCAUUUUUUGUCAGUGUUGGUGCCAAACUAGCCUCUAAAUUUUCUUCUGACACUACUAAUGUUAAUCCACCUGUUAGCGGACACGAUUUUCGGUGGGCUCGUAUUGAGACCAAAAGUGUCGAAAAAAUAAUUAGAUCACUAAAACUUAAAGGGACUGUCCGGUAAAAAAAUAAGUUUUAUUAUAUCAACUAAUAUGUACUUGUUACUAAAGAAUAUCUGCAUCUUUUAAAACAUAAUAUAUUAAUACGCUUAUGUAAGUUGUUUUCUUUUUUUCAAUUCCCUCGUGAAGCAUCACCUUUGGAUCGCCAUUUUGUUUGAAUAAUUCAGCAUGAAUGAGAGGCUAAACACACAUGUUUCCCCUGACGUAGCACAAUGGUGAGAAAAUCAAAACAAAACGCGCUAGCCCGUUAAAGGAUAGACCGGAACAAAAAAUCUUAUUGACUUAUUUUAUUUUCGUUUAUUAUUUUUUAAGUCAGUUAAUACCCCCGUGUAGCAUAUAUUCGGAAAUGUGUUAUAAAUAAUUUAUCAGAUUUCACAGGUUCUGUUAUUAUUCGCUAAAGGCGCUUCGCUGAAGAUAAAAUUUAAAGAUCAAAAUGUAAAAGAGGCCGCUUCAUUACGCAAUUUCCCCUAGAAAGUAAACUAAAUAACAUUUUUGUUUCUUUUUGUGAAACAACUCUGAACGGAGAAAGGUCGAAAAACUUGCUGUUAGUAUGGCCUACUGUUCGGCGUACGGUUGUAAAAACAACAUUAAGUCAAACAAAGAUAAAAGCUUCUUUCUAAUGCCUAAGAAUCCUGAAGUUAGCAAAGCCUGGAUUGCCGCAAUUAACAGAACAAAGCUGCCAGCUAAAGUAUUUCUAUGCUCUGACCAUUUUGAAGAAACCUGCUUUGACCCAAGCUGGAAACUUCAGAAUGAAUUAUUUUAUAAAGAUCGUCCUUGCAAACGCCGGUUGAUUCAAAAUUCUGUGCCGACAAUUUUUUGUCAUAAGACUGCCCCUAAGGAACGUACAUCCUCCACAUCGCGAGCCAAACGAAGUCAAUCUAAAGACGUAAGCAAAUCCGUUUUUUUUAUCAGAAUGUUAAUCUUGAAAAUUAAUUUCCUCGUAUUUUGCUAUUGGUAUUGACAAAGCCUUGAAUGUUCUUAACAUUUCUCGAGUAUAUCAUCUUCGUUCCCAUUCCUUUUUAUUACUUCGUUCGAUCGUUAUUAGUUGGUGAAGUCAGCCUUGGUUGAAGAUUCUGAGCAAUUAUGUUUAAUCGAUAAUGAAGUUGAAUUUGAAGUUGAAUCCAAAUUAUCAAUUGGAAUACAGGCCAUACCAAAAACACAAACGAGUGCAACCCAAUAUAAAGAUACGUCAGUACGAAGUACAUGUACACAAACGUUGUGUUCUGUAGCAGAUGCGCAAACGCAAAAACCCAAGUAGCUGUUGUACAUGCUUCUUGUCAAACUGAAAAUGAAACGGACACAGAUAACGAUUCAAAUUGUACUGAUUCCUCAUUUAAUUAAAGCUACAGGCUUGGACGGAAUUGGUUCACGACUGUUAAAAGCAGGCGGCGAUAGCGGAAAAAGAAAAAGCGUUAUACUAUUUGACAGCCUGAGCGCUAAUGAGAGGGUGGAAGGGAAGCGGAAAAGAAAAUGAGAUAAAUGACGUGCUGAAUUACCUCCUUUUUUUUACUGCGUAAUAUUAAAAUAGCAAGUGGUAACAAACUAUGAAAUGUCGUGCAUCUUUGUUCUGUUUAAUAACUUUUUGUGUCUAGUAGCAUGAUUCGGAAAAAUACGUUUUUAAACGUUUUAAUAAAUGUAGUUUACAUCUUAUGUAAUUUUGGAGAUAUCGUAGAUAUAUAUUACAUUAUGCUGAACUUUAUUAAGUGCACAAUUUGUCAAGGCUGUUAUUGGUCGAAAAGUAAAAAGGACAUAUAUAAAAUCACUACUUUGUCCAGAAAGUGUUUAAAAUUUAGAACGAUAUCUUUUUUAUUUGUACUUACUUUUGUUUUGGUAGUGUUGAAGUGUUUUGUUUUCUUUCUAUUUUGCUUAUUUACAUAGCUUUAUUAUUUUUUUUAUUUUACUUAACAUUUUUUACAAUUACUUGGCAGAAAUAUUUCACAGUCCUAAAGGUUCUGGACUGAUGUGUAGCUCUGCUAAAAUUGUUUAAAAGCACAAUGUAUAUAUGUUAGAAAUCAGAUUAUAUUUGUAUCAGUUA